UGUAAUUUGGAAAUUGUGAUGGGCAUGGCAUUCAAUAGCUAUCUAUAUCUCCUCUACCUUGGUGUCUUGACUCUUAUUAUUAUCUCUUCUGUUACAGAAAUCACUGAAGCUGUUACUCCUACACUUGUUGAUAAUGCUUCUCUAAACCGUAAUAGUUUUCCCCCAGGUUUCAUUUUUGGUACUGCAUCCUCCUCCUACCAGUACGAAGGAGCUGCGAAUGAAGGUGGAAGAGGACAAUGUAUAUGGGAUUACUAUACUCAUAAACACCCAGAGAGAAUAAUGGAUAGAAGCAAUGGAGAUGUAGCAGUUGAUCAGUAUCACCGUUAUAAGGAAGAUGUUGCAAUCAUGAAGCAUAUGAAUACAGAUGCAUACAGAUUCUCCAUCUCUUGGUCAAGGAUAUUGCCAAAAGGAAAAGUAAAUGCAGGUAUAAACCAAGAAGGAAUCAAAUAUUACAACAACCUGAUCAAUGAGCUACUUGAUAAUGGUCUGAUACCAUUCGUGACUCUUUUGCAUUUGGAUCUUCCCCAAGCCUUAGAAGACAAGUAUGGUGGUUUCUUGAGCCCUGAUAUCAUAAAUGAUUUCCAAGACUAUGCAGAGUUAUGCUUCAAGGAAUUUGGAGACAGAGUGAAACAUUGGAUUACUCUUAAUGAGCCAUUCUCUUACAGUAUGAGUACAGAACCUUACAUGGCUUCUCACAACCAACUCCUUGCUCAUGCAGCUGCUGUCAAAAUGUAUAAAACCAAUUAUCAGGCGUCUCAAAAUGGUUCAAUAGGCAUCACCUUAAAUUGUCACUGGUUUUUGCCAUUCUCAAAUGAUAUAUUAGAUCAACAAGCUGCCCUACGUGCUCUUGAUUUCAUGUUUGGAUGGUUUAUGCAGCCAAUGACAACAGGAAAUUAUCCAUCAACCAUGGUGUCUUUUGUGGGAAACAAAUUGCCAAAGUUCACUGAAGAGCAAUCCAAGAUGCUUAUUGGCUCAUUUGAUUUUAUUGGAAUCAAUUACUACACUGCCAAUUAUGCUGCCAAUAUACCCCUUUCAAAUAAUGACACAAGCAAACCUAGCUAUCUCAAGGAUAGUCAUCUCAAUUUAACAACUGAACGUAACGGGAUACCAAUUGGACCAAGGGCUGCUUCACCUUGGCUAUUUGUUUAUCCAAGGGGGAUUCAAGAACUACUAUUGUACAUAAAGACAAACUAUAACAACCCUUUGAUUUACAUAACAGAAAAUGGCAUUGACGAGAUCAAUGAUCCAACACUACCACUUGAAGAGGCGCUCAUGGAUACUUAUAGAAUUGAUUACUUUCAUCGUCAUCUUUAUUAUAUUUCAUCUGCAAUCAAGCAUGGUGUGAAAGUACAAGGAUAUUUUGCAUGGUCACUUUUGGACAACUUUGAAUGGAUUGCCGGCUACACAGUGCGUUUUGGAAUUAACUUCGUUGAUUACAGAGAUAAUCUUAAAAGACACAGAAAGCUCUCUGCUCAUUGGUUUAAGAAAUUUCUUAAAAAAGACUAAAGUUACAAUUUGAUGUAUGUCAUGAUGAUCCCCAGUAAUGUGAUAUGAACUGGUCAUUAAUCAAGAACAACUUUAAUUUUAAAUUAUUUUUCUUAACUUGUAAGUAUUUAUAUAUCUGUUAUAAUCGCUUUAAUUUUUAGUGAUGUUC